AUUCAGCUUCGUUAAGGGCUGUUAGGACUGUGGAUAAUUGUUCUCCAUGUCCAGUGGAGGUAGGGCAAGAAGCAAUGGGCUUGAUCUGCAGGAAGGGAGAUUUAGGCUAGAUCCUAGAAAAAACUCUCUAGCUAUAAGGGUAGUUAAGCUUUGGAAUAGGCUUUGGAGGGAGGUUGUGGAAUCCAGGUCAUUGCAGGUGUUUUAAGAACAGGUUGGACAAACUCCUGUCAGGUUUCCUUUGUCCUGCCUCAGUGCAGGGCCCUGGACUUGAUGACUUCUCAAGGUCCAUUUCAGCCCUGCAUUAGUGUGAUUCAUAUCCUGUCUUUUCAAGCCUUCCUGUGAGGAGGUACCCGCUAAUAUGAGAGCGAUGAGCUUCUUAGGGGUUGGCUACAUGCAGAAGUUGCAUCUGUUUUUACAAUCACUUUUAAAAACUAAAAUAAUUGUUGCAAACCCCCGUGUGGACACACCUGUAUCAGUUAAAAACAAUACAUAGGUUUAGUUUGUGCCUAUAUAUUUACUAAUACAAGCUAAAUUGAUAUAAUCCAGGUUUAAACUGACACAAGGGUGUCCAUACAAGGGUUUUUACGGGUUUAACUACAUUGCUUUAAAACAAACCUUUAUAGCGAGGUAACUUAGGGUGUGUUUGGAUAGUUUUAACAUACUAGCGUGAAGCCUAGGACUCAUCCUGAUCAGCUAACACAUGUUAAAACUAUAAUUUGCUCUGGCUACAUUAGGAUUUUAAUGUAAUGUAUUACAGUUUAACAAUACACCGUUUUUCCUGGUCUAGACAGGUUCUUUGUGUGUAGGCAGGUUUCAAUGGGAAAUACCUGUUCAGUCUGUUUAUUCUGGGGAUGUGUGUAUGUUGGGGAGGUUGUUGCUGGUCUCAGGAGUUCUAAAGAAGACGAGAAAUACUCUCUCUUUUUGCUAGUUGUGUUUUUUGAAUGUACACUGGGUUUCAUAAACCAGUAACUUAUAGCAGCACCUGCCUGAGUGCUGCUGACACUGGGAGCUUUCAGUGUUGUUUUUGAGAAACACUGAAAUUGACUGCAAACCUCUUCCAUGAGGAGUGAGUAUUUCAAAAUGGAAAUCAAGCAAAUCUCCUGGGCAGAUGGAAGGCAGUGGCAGCUUGGCCUAGCUGUUGUUGGGAAGCAUGAAAAGCUAACGGCAUCGUGUGUGAAUUAUAGCCAUCAUUGGGAGCCUUUAUGUUAGCCUGCAUAUUGAGGAUCUAUAUGUACAAAUCCUAUUCUUUUAAAAGCCUUUACUAAGAGGGAGUGCAGCUUUACUGUAUUAAGUGGGAGAAGUUUGGGAGAAUUCUUUAUGAUGAUUAUUAAACCCCUAUUUGAAAAUCUUUGGCAUAUCCCUGUGUUCCCAAACAAAGCUAUUGUUAUGACUGUAAACAGGAUUUGACAAUGAUCUCUAACUGGCCUUCAGACUUGGUCUCUUAACUUGGGAACAAGUUUUACUUACAAUUUAAAUUUUAGGCCAGAUUUUUCAAACUUGGGUGCCUCAAGUUCGAUGUCUCUUUAGACACCUCAUAGGUGGCCUGAUUUUCAAACUCUUUUGGGAGUGGUGGGUACUCAGUGCCUCAGAAAGUUAGGCUACUUGUUUAGGUGCCUAAGUAUGGAAUUAGCUGUUUAACACGAGGCAUACACAUUUUAAAAUGUUGGCCUGGGUUUCUUUCUUAAUGGUAAGGCUUUGAUCCUACAGUGGGGCUCCAUGCACACCCAGGACUCUGUUCACUCAGAACUCAUUGCAGGCUCAGGACCAAACUUAAGAUUUCUCAAAAAAUUCUUUUGGAUUUUGAUACUGUUUUUAGGUUAUUUUGAAGGCAAUUGAUGUGUUGGCCUUUAAAUCUGCCAAGGGUGGACAAGCAGUCUUUCUUAUUGAAGCUUUUUAUUGUGGUACUUAAUAUGAUCACUCCACAAUGCCGUUUGCAAUGUAGUUGAGCUCCAGGUAAUCCAUUGUGAACGGAAACUAAAUUCUAAAUAUUCUAUAACAUAUGAUCAACUAAAAAAUACUCAUCGCUAACAUGGAGCAAGAUAUAUGUGUGUGGUAAUAAGGAUGGGAUACCCAGGAAAGAGAAAUUGUUGAAACAGAUGGCAGUGGUAACACUUGUGUGUGAGAGAAUGUUGCAUCUAUUGUUAACCCUCACAUACAUCAGAAAACACUAGCUUUUAAAAACUAGAUUGUUUUCUAAACCAGUGGUUUUCAACCUUUUUUCAUUUGCAGACCCCUAAAAAAUUUCAAAUGGAGGUGAGGAUCCCUUUGGAAAUCUUAGAUGUAAUUAGGGGUCUGCAGAUCACAGGCUGAAAACCACUGUUCUAAACCAAGUCUGCUCUGGCAUAGUCAAGUGAGCUCAAAUGGCAGAAUGCUAAGACCUUUCAUCUCCAGUGUACGUAAUAUUUUGCAAUUCUCUAGGUGUCUCUCAUCAAAAGAUCCUGAAGUACCUUACAGAAUGUAAUGAAUUUAACCUUACAGCCCUAUUGGAGAGGCAGAUGAGGAAUACCCCAUUUUACAGAUGGGGAAGCUGAAACAUAGAGAGGCUAAAUGCUUUACCUGAGUUGUCCAAGUGUUUGCAUGACAGAACUGAGACUAUAACCUGAGGUCCUAUUCUCUUAUGUGGUACGGUUCAGAACUUGCAGCUGAAGGGUGGGGGUGACUAAGACAGCUAUAAGUUGUGCUCCAGGCCACCAGCAUAACACAGGCAUAGGGGCCUGAGUUACCUAGCCUUCUGGGGCUGCAGUGCUUUUUGGGACUAAGGGGGGUUGGUAAGGUGGCCCUUUGGAGGCAUCCUUACUGUCUGCACUGGGGCAAUUUUCUUGUGGCUGGAACCAGGGUUUCUAGGGCCCAUUUAUUCUACUCUGGUACCUCUGAUGCGUGAUGUAAAGAGGCUGGAAUGGGGGUGAGGCUCUCCGGAGUCCUUCAUUUGCUUUAAGCAGGUGGUCAUCCUACCUUCCCUCCUCUCCUACAUGGGGUAUGUUGACUCUGUUUACUGCGAGUUUCUUUGCUACUCCUCUCACCCCUCCACGAGAAGGCAACACUACCUUCCUGUCUGCUGUGAGCAGAGGCAGGAUGUCCCAGUCCGUGACGUCUGUGGUGAGGUUCUCCACGUAUGACAAUAUCACCCACUCUGUUACCAAUGCCCUGGUUAUGGCCUCAGAUAAUGUGACAGCUCUGCCCCAAACAACAACAUGGGCAAUCAACGACACCAACAUCACUGUGCCACACAAGUGCCUGCUCCUGCUAUAUGAAGACAUCGGGAAGUCCAGAGUUCGCUAUUGGGACCUUAUGCUUCUGGUUCCCAAUGUGCUUUUCUUUGUCUUUCUUCUCUGGAAACUGCCCUCUGCCAGGGCCAAGAUCCAUGUCACCUCCAGCCCCAUCUUUACUACCUUCUACAUACUAGUGUUUGUGGUGGCUUUAGUUGGGAUUGCUCGUGCUGUUGUCUCCAUGACAGUCAGUGCCUCUGAUGCCGCCACAGUUGCCGAUAAGAUCCUGUGGGAGAUCACGAGAUUCUUCCUCCUGGCCAUUGAGCUGAGUGUGGUGAUCCUAGGCCUUGCCUUCGGUCAUCUCGAGAGCAAUUCCAGUGUCAAGCGUGUACUGGUGAUCACCACAGUGUUGUCACUGGCUUACUCUGUUACCCAGGGGACACUGGAGAUCCUCUACCCUGAUGCUCACCUCUCAGCGGAAGACUUCAACAUCUAUGGCCAUGGAGGAAGGCACUUCUGGCUCGCCAGCUCCUGUUUCUUCUUUCUGGUCUAUUCCUUGGUGGUGAUUCUUCCAAAAACUCCCCUGAAAGACCGGAUUUCUCUGCCAUCUAGGAAGAGUUUUUAUGUCUAUGCUGGAAUUCUCGCUUUGCUGAAUCUGGUGCAGGGCUUGGGCAGCGCCCUUCUCUGUGUGGAUAUCAUAGAAGGAUUGUGCUGUGUCGACGUCACCACAUUCCUCUACUUCAGCUUCUUUGCACCUCUCAUUUAUGUGGCAUUCCUGAAAGGCUUCUUUGGGUCUGAGCCGAAGAUCCUUUUCUCCUACAAAUGCCAAGUGGAUGAGCCUGAGGAUGUAGAUGUGCACCUCCCCAAUGCCUAUGCUGUGGCCAAGAAAGAGGGCGUGGAUUCCAGCUUCUACUCCAGCACCCAGAUCGACACCACAGCCUACCUGGAUGAUGUCGCCUCAAUGCCCUACCACGUGGGCAGUGUCAACAGCAUUGACAGUGACCGCUGGAAAGCCAUCAAUGCCUAAAUCAACCCAGACCCCCAACACGAUGCCACCCUCCCUGAUCACACAGCUGCUAGGAUGUGCAUCACAGAUGGUCCUCAGUCACUUGAUGUGGCUUUUCCCUCUUCCCCUGGGCUUUAAAAAACCCAUUGUGGAACAAAAUGGCUCCAGCCCUCCCAGAAGGACCUUUUGUAUCUUCAUGUGAUAACAGCCUAGACCAGCUUUGUUCAUAAAUAUCUAAAUGCUGAACCUUCCUGAUCCUUGGUGUUCCAGAUGCAGUUGUGACCCAGAAGAUGGGCCUGGCUGGCACCCGUUCCUUUUCAGUGACUGAAAACACUUGUGUAACUGGGAGGGGAGUGGGAUUUUGGGGUGGGCGAGUUGAGAUUGGCUUCUCCAGGGUGCAUAUGUGCGAAGCAUUCAGCACACGGAGCCAAAGGCACUUUCAUGGGCUGUCUCAACAGGUCCCAUUUCCCAAGUCAUAUUGCAUUGUAUUGUAGGAAGAGCACUGUAUGGAGAGAGGAAGCCUGGGAGAGCAGGGCUACUCCUCAAUUCCAGCAGAUACUGAUGGAAAUCAUGAACUGUAGUAAAAUGAGAAUUACAAAGAGUGUUUUGGGCGUGUAUGGGAGAAGGCUCACUGAUGAGCGAACUGUUAAAUAUGUCCUGUGACCAUUACAGGGGCACUGUCUGGGAUCUGGCAGAUCAGCUAUAUCCUGGGUCAAGGAAAGAGACUUUUAAAGAGCCAGCAUUGCUGUCUGUUGGAGAGACCGUGGCUAUGGAAGGGUCUCUGAAGACCAUGCUUAUGCCCAACUGAACUCAUACUGUGAACUUGCGGUGUCAAGCGGCUAUGUAUUUUACACUGAAUUAGGGUUGAAUUUUAAGAAUAAAAUUGGCCCAGUGUGAGUUUUUCAGAUCUGCACUCUGCUUUACAAUCCUGGCUGAAUUCCAGAGCUCUAAGAGGGCUGUAGAGGAGGAAGCUUUUUGGCUCUGAAGAUGAAGGCUCCAGAGGAGUUGAGCUGGUUGAGGCAGAGCAGAAGCCCCAGAUGAGUCCUGGCUGCCAAUGACCAAUAACUGGUGAACUCUGGGAAGCCACCAGAGUGCUAGGAUCAAGGUGACUAGUAUUUUAGGUUGGGAGGUAGAUGGGAUGCAGUCAGACAGACAAACUGCUACUACUUCUGUGGCAGCUUCCCUCUCCUGACCUGUGGUGCAUUACAGCUUGCAGCCUAGCACAGUCACACUGGCCUGAACAGAUUUUAUAGCUGGAUGUAUUGAAAAUAUUUCCUUGCACUUAGAACGUGGUUCUUUUAAAGACUAUCCAGGACCUGCCAUUAACCUUCUCACAGUGAAAGAACAACUUGCAUCUCUCCAAUCUGGCAUGGCUUUCCUGGACCUCAUCAUGGUCCAAACAUGUGGCUGUUCCACUGAAAGCUGCAGCAGCCAGUCUUGUGGCACCUCUGUGGUUGGUUUGUAUUCACUGUUGGCAAACAGGUUUAUGCCUGUAGUACUGAGGGGGUGCGAUUCCAACUGGGAGCUCUGGGGAGGUGGAGGCUCUGACAUAAGAGAUGGCUGCAUUCCAUUAGAGAUGGCAGGGUGAGAAUGUAUAAACAUUUGAGGAUUUUGUGUGUCUCUCUCCUAUAACUGCUUCUUGUGCCUGGCAGCCAAAGAAAGUGAAGGAGGUGAAGAUUUUAGGAAAUGCUCAUCCUGUGGUGUGGUGGUGGUUUGAAUUGUGAGUAGGAGGGGGGCAAAGGUGUAGUACAGCCAGCUUCCAGAAGUCUCCAAUGUGGGGUAGGGGAAACACCAGGAGUGAGAACUGGAAGCUAGUGCAGGUCUUUGAAGCCAUGUAGACACCUGGUUUCUCUCUCGUUAAUGAGCAGCGCAGCCUCUCUAUGGCCAGGAAGUUCUGCUGCCUUUGGAUUCUGCCCUGCUGAUCUGCAGGCAGUGCUGUGACAUAAAGGAAAAGAUCCUUUGGUUUAUUUUUAAAAAUUUUAUCUACUUUUUAAAGAAAAACUUUUCUGAUUGCUCCUGUUGAACUGUUCAUGUAGCUCCUCAAAGCCUUUUAAAUCCGCACUGCCUGCAAUGACACAAACAGGAGGAGGCUGAGACUGGUCUUCCUUUCUGUCAAGCUACUUGGCCAGGUCAGCCUUUUCCACACUAGGGAAAUGUUGCAAUUUCCUGCAUUGCAGACACCAGUGCAGCUCCACUGGUGUUAGCAAUGUGGGGAUCCUAGAAGAGGGUGCUUGAAACACUGCAUCUGUGGGUAGGGUUAGAUGGCAUGCUCCCUGAAAUCCUGGAAGCACUAGGCCACCAAGAUGGGUGACACCACUGAAGUUGGACCAGCGUAGCAACAGCAGGAGAACUCUUGCAAAAAAAUUCCCUAGGGCAAGCAGGGCUUUGCAGAUUGGUUAAAGAGUGUUAGUCUUGUUUCUAUAGACCUAUCCCACCCCAAGGAGUAAAUGUUGAGACUCCUCAAGACCCUGAAAAUGAGGACUUUCUUGUUCCCUGGGUGAUGUGAAGAACAGACUAUAAAUACAACCUAUUAUCUGCUAAAUCAAAUGCCGAAGAAUCAGCUGGGCAUAUGUUCAGUGUGUCCAUCAGUUCCCCUUCUCCAAGAUUCAGUGUUCCCCAAUAUCAUCUCUGAAUGUCCCACAUUGUCUUCUGCUGAGGAGCUUCUGCACUAGGUCUAGGACUGAUCUUCCUUCUGUUGUCUUUUUAUGUCUGUAACGUCUCUGAGGCCAGCACAUGAUAUGGUCCAUGAGCAGAAGUGUGUGUAUGUUUUGGGGGGAACUGGGGGAGAUUAAAAAUAGAGUAAUGUAUAUUUUUGUUUUUAAAAUAAAUAAAAUGACGUUUGGCAUAAACAAUAA